AUGUACGCCAGGCUGCAAGUUUGCGGGAAUCGUGAAGGAGAGUCACUAGCGACGGAAAGCGACUCUCUCGCAUCUUCUAACCGCCUAUUCGUCAUCGAUCUAACCACGAAUACACAAUACCUCGUGGAUUCUGGUUCAGAUCUCUCUGUUUACCCAUACGGGCGGAUGAAAUGCAAGCCUACACCAGUAGGAUACCAACUUCAUGCGGCAAACGGCUCGCUGAUUGAAACAUUCGGGUGCAUUACUCUGUCACUAAACCUCGGUUUACGUCGAGAAUUUACGUGGAGAUUCAUCAUCGCUGACGUCAUGAAACCAAUAAUUGGCGCCGAUUUUCUAAGUCAUUUUAAUUUGUUAAUCGACCUCAAUCACAAACAAUUACGUGACGGCUCCACUGGUCUCCAAACACGUGUGAAUUCAAUAUGCUCAGAUGCAAAAUGCAUCAAAUUAAUUGAAGGUGAUACAGCUUACCAUAAACUGUUAUCAAACUACCCGGCCAUAACUCGACCUGAAGGAAUAACUUCAGCCAAGAAGCAUUCUACAGUGCAUCAUAUCAAAACGACACCUGGACCUCCAGUAUCGUGCAAAGCGCGACGUCUUGCACCCAAUAAAUUAAAAAUCGCGCAAGAAGAAUUUCGCAAGAUGGUUCAACUUGGUAUUGCACGUCCAUCGACCAGUCCUUGGGCAUCCCCACUCCAUCUUGUACCGAAGAAAUCUGGAGAUUGGCGACCAUGUGGCGACUAUCGACCACUCAAUGCCCGCACGAUACACAAUAAUUAUCCGGUCUGA